CCGCGCAACGCACAAAAAGUAUCCGUUACUAUACAACUCUCUUCCCUCUAUCACUGCUCUCUCUUCAUUUCGCAGAUUUUCCUCUUCCGAAGAAUCUGGUUUUCGGACUUAAAACUACGUCCUUCCGCAUUUUCUCCGCCGUGUGAUUCCAUCUUCCUCCGCCUUCCACCACCGCCGAGCCGUCCUUCCUCACCUCCAAAGAUUUAGAGAGGAGCACAAUGGGGGAAACACCUCCAGCGGCAACACCGAUGUCUAAGAUACAGAGGAACCUUUUAUGUACACCUGGUGGUGGUGCCAAAUUUAAGGAGGAGAAGAUUCGCGUAACGGUUCGUAUGAGGCCACUCAACCGCAAGGAACAAGCCAUGUACGACCUUAUUGCCUGGGAAUGCUUGGAUGAGCACUCCAUUAUCUUCAAGAAUCCAAAUCAAGACAGGCCUGCCACACCAUACACCUUCGGUAUUUUCUCAUGUUGCCUUCAAAAGUGCUCAUGCGUUGCAUAUAAGGUUUUUGCUCCCUCAUGCUCAACACAGAAGGUUUAUGAAGAAGGGGCUAGGGAUGUAGCUUUAUCGGCACUUUCAGGAAUCAAUGCAACAAUUUUUGCCUAUGGGCAGACUAGCAGUGGAAAGACCUUCACAAUGAGAGGCAUCACGGAAAAUGCUAUUAAGGACAUCUACAAUUACAUCAAGAAUAAACCUGAAAGGCAUUUCAUCUUGAAAUUCGCUGCAUUGGAAAUCUAUAAUGAGACAGUUAUAGACCUUCUAAAUCGUGAAUCCGGCCCUCUUCGGCUUUUAGAUGACCCAGAGAGAGGGACUAUUGUAGAAAAGCUGAAUGAAGAAGUAGCUAAAGAUGGUCAACAUUUAAGGCAUUUAAUUGGCAUCUGUGAAGCUCAGAGGCAAGUAGGGGAAACUGCUUUAAAUGAUAAAAGCUCAAGAUCGCAUCAAAUAGUCAGGCUGACUCUCGAGAGCAGCCUUCGUGAAAGUUCAGGCCAUGUGAAGUCUUACGUUGCCAGUUUGAAUUUUGUGGAUCUUGCUGGAAGUGAACGCAUCUCUCAAACAAAUACAUGUGGAGUCAGAUUGAAGGAAGGCAACCACAUCAACCGAAGCUUAUUGACACUUGCAACAGUCAUUAGGAAGCUAAGUGGUGGUAAACGUGGUCACAUACCAUACAGAGAUUCAAAACUGACCCGAAUAUUGCAAUCUUCAAUAGGGGGAAAUGCUCGAACAGCAAUUAUAUGUACCAUAAGUCCGUCCUUAAGUCACGUGGAGCAAACAAAAAAUACUUUAACAUUUGCUACCAGUGCAAAGGAAGUCGUUAAUAAUGCCCGUGUGAAUAUGGUUGUCUCAGAUAAGACACUAGUUAGACAGUUGCAAAAGGAAGUUGCCAGACUCGAAGGGGAGCUAAGAAGCCCUGAACUUUCUUCUUCAUCUUCAUGUCUAAGGUCAUUGCUAGCUGAAAAGGAGUUAAAAAUUACUCAGAUGGAAAAGGAUAUGGAAGACCUGAGACGCCAGAGAGACCUUGCACAAUCUCAACUUGAGCUUGAAAGAAGAGCAAAUAAAGUUCAUAAGGUAUUUGGAACGAUUAUAUUGCAAAUUCUGAUAUCACAUUACUUUAGCUUUUAUUUAUUCUUCUCAGUCACAAUAUGUAUGAUGCAGGGUUCAAAUGAUCAUGGGUCCUCAGUGGUCAGAUGUCUUUCUUUUCCUGAAGAAAAUGAAUCAGCAAUUGGUAAACACACUCCUGACCGAAGAAAGGUAGUAGGUAGGCAGGCAAUGCUAAAGAAUUUAUUAGCUUCCCCUGAUCCAUCCAUACUGGUUGGUGAAAUUCGGAAGCUUGAGCAUCGGCAGCUGCAGCUUUGUGAGGAUGCAAAUCGGGCACUUGAGGUUCUGCACAAGGAUUUUGCUACUCACAACCUUGGAAAUCAGGAAACUGCUGAAACAAUGUCAAAAGUACUGUCUGAAAUAAAAGACUUGGUAAUAGCUGGCUCUAGUCCAGAAGAAAUUGUGACUGCAGAUAAGGCUGACCUGAUGAAAAAAAUAAGCCAGUUAAAAAAUCAAGGAAACACCAUUGCAUCUCUAGAAAGAAAACUGGAGAAUGUUCAAAAAUCUAUAGAUAAGCUGGUCUCCACUUUUGGUACGGAGGAGACACCAGACAGCAGCAAGACCCAGCUGAGAAGGAAAAAAAUUCUUCCUUUCACCUUAAGCAACAGCCCAAAUAUGCAACACAUAAUACGUGCUCCUUGCUCACCUCUCUCCUCUUCUUGUAAAGCAAUGGAACCUGAAAUCGAGAACAGGGUACCCACAAACAAUAAUAUUGGUGGUGGUACAGUUGCAAGGUUACAUAAGGAUAAUCCGAGAAAGGGUGAUGAAAGUUGUAAUUCUAUUCUAUCAAGGGAAGGAAGCCCAGCUGCACGGCAAUCAAAAUCAGUGGAUGUGAAAAAGAUUCAGAAAAUGUUUAAGAAUGCUGCCGAGGAGAACAUUAAGAGCUUUAAAGUUUAUGUUACAGAGUUAAAAGAACUAGUGGCAAAACUGCAUUACCAGAAGCAGCUUCUUGUUUGCCAGGUUUUGGAGCUUGAGGCUAACAAGUCUGCAAAUGAAGAAACAGAUACAACUGGUGGAUCUCCCGUACCAUGGGAGUUUCUAUUUGAACAGCAGAGACAGCAAAUUAUCAUGUUAUGGCAUUUGUGCCACAUUUCUCUCGUGCACAGGACACAGUUUUAUCUUUUGUUAAGGGGAGAUCCUUCUGAUCGGAUAUAUAUGGAAGUUGAAUUUAGAAGAUUGACAUGGUUGGAGCAGCACCUGGCAGAGCUCGGGAAUGCUAGUCCUGCACUUCUCGGUGAUGAGCCUGCAGGCCAUGUUUCAGCAAGCAUCAGAGCUCUAAGGCAAGAAAGAGAGUACUUAGCUAAGAGGGUGAACUCUAAACUUACAGCAGAGGAGAGGGAACUACUUUAUGCAAAAUGGGAAGUUCCUCCAGUAGGAAAACAAAGGAGACUGCAAUUUAUAAACAAAUUGUGGACUGACCCUUACGACAUGCACCAUGUGCAAGAAAGCGCUGAAAUUGUAGCGAAGCUCAUUGAUUUCUGUGGAUCUGAUGAAAAUAGCAAGGACAUGUUUGAAUUAAACUUUGCAAGCCCUUACAAUAAGAAAACAUGGGGUGGAUGGAACUUCAUAUCCAAUCUUCUAAAUUUGUAA